CUCAGCCCCAGUAUCCAGCACACUUUUCAAGACAGCCUUUCUUCCCUCCACGUGACCGAUCAUGGAAUUACAAAAGUGUCAAUUGUCUCACGAUGAACAUCACCGGCAAUGACAUGGCUGGUUGUUGACCUAUAUGAGAUGGAGCUGUUGUGAUGAGCCGUGCCCUGCAGGAACAUUAUGGUUCUGGGCCAACAUGUCACCAUGAGUUUGAUGGACAUUUCUAAGAUCUUCUCCCUGCUGCAGCCCAGGGAGGAGGAUGAGGACAAUGAGCAGUGUCAGGUUUUAAACCGGGUGGUAAGCAGCGAUGACGUGGCCCUGCUGUCUGAGCUGCUGUCUCAGGAGAGUUACAGGAAGUGUAUAAAUGCCCGGAGUGGAUGGGGGAUCCCAGUAACACCGCUGCGGACUGCCGCCGCACUGGGACACCUGAGGUGCCUGGAGGUGUUGCUGGAACAUGGUGCAGAGAUCGACAGCCUGGAUGUGAAGGCCCAGACCCCUCUGUUUACAGCCGUCAGCGGGAAGCAUCUGGACUGUGUGGUGGCUCUGCUGAAGGCUGGAGCUGAUCCCAACGGCAGCCAGUACAACAACUGCUCCCCGGUGCUGACUGCGGCCCGGGAGGGCGACGUGGACGUGCUUCGGGAGCUGCUACGGUUCGGAGCCGAGGUGGACGUCAGGCCAAAAGUACCCGAUUGGGCCUCCAACGCUACAGCCUGCAGAGGGCCGCUCUAUAUCUCGGCCGUGUACGGACACCUGGAUUGCUUUAAGCUCCUGCUUCUUCACGGGGCCAACCCCAACUUCAACUGCACAGAGGAGAAGAUGCUGGCCAGGAUAAAGCAGCCCAAGACAGUGCUGGAGAUGUGUCUCCGCUACGGCUGUGGGAUCGAGUACACCCAACUUCUCAUAGACUUUGGGGCGGACGUGUAUCUACCUACACUUAUCAUUGACAAGACCACAAAGCAGAACGAAGCAGUGGUUCUACUGCUCAAGGAGAGAGUUUGCCCCAAAACACUGAUGUCACAGACACGGCUAGCAAUUCGAAGGUACCUCCUGCUCACUAAUAAAGAGCCUGCCAUCGAACGUUUGGACAUUCCUCAGAUCCUGCGCAACUACCUGAAGCAUGUAAACUCUGAACUCUGAUUUCCUUUUUGAUUGUCAGCUCAUGGUCAGGGCAUCACGGGGCUGAUUUUCCUUGUGUCUUCUUGUGCCCCUAUUAUCACUACAUUAGCAUUUUGUAAUUUAGCAUACACUUUUAACCAAAGCAACUGACAGGACAGUAAUCAAUUAGCGGAUACAAGUGCAUGCCAAGCUACAGCAUCUUAGAGCACUGAAUAGUAAUUGUAUCAGCCAAGAUCCCAGGUCUUGACAACUACAAUCAGUCAAAGUUUUUAUUUUUUAUUUGAUUUUUUAGCAUGUGAUAUCACCAAUAGCAAUGCAAAUUAGCUGAGCAAUGCCACAAAGCAGCAUCGCAGUCAUAUUUAGGGCCAUCUAUGGAAUAAGGUAGGCCCGGAAAAGGAAAGUUUCCUCCUUGAGUGAAGUAAGUUUGCAGCCCUGAUCCUAAACACAUGACAAGAAACAAAUAGUGAAAUAAAUAAAACAUCACAACAUGUAGCUUGUAAUUAUAGAUGAGGUGCAACACUGUGGCAUUUUUCUAAUGUAAAAUGUUGUCGGCGGUGCCUUUGAAAGCCACUGAACUUACCAAUUCUGUAAAUUCUUGUUUUGACUAUUUCUAAUGGAAAUAGUAAAUAAUGGAAAUUUUCUAUGUGAUGACUGAAGUCCGUGAAUACAUCUGAACAAAUCAACUGAGUUUGAAUUUACCUUUUUGAGCUGUAAAUCUGACCCGUUUGUAACACCGCAAAACGUAAUCUGAUUUUUAAAAAUA